AAAAGAUUGUAUUAUACGAUAAACGUGAGAAUUCAGUCGUAAUUCCGCCGGAGCCUCCGUGCUAACUGAUCCCAGCCAUGCGGUGUAAACAGACCUGUCGAGUAUAUACUAACGCCAACGCGGCGGUAAUACUGGGUAUCGAGGAAUGGGAGGAGGGGGCAGAGCUUGCAUUAAGCGACUACAACAAGAAACAUGGGACUGACUUGGAGCUUGUGAGGGUAUUGGAAGGCAAGGUAUGGUGUAUGGAUACCAUUGGUGUUGGCGUUGAUUUUACGGAAAUCCGCAGGCUUUGGAAGCAUUCCAAUUUUGUGGCUAGGCGGAAAAAGGCGGGUCCCACUAACAAAAAUCAACUCCUGUUCUUCGCUGAAUCAUAUCGCGAAAAAAGUGAGCUUAAGCACACUAAAUUGUCUCUCGUGGAGCCCUCUUAUUAUUCAGGGGACAAAAUUGUUGAAGGAAGCAAUAUUAUUCAUGGAUAUGGUUGUACUUGUGCAUCUUGCAUUUGGUGUCCGAGACCAGGAUUUCGUGCUGGAUUUUAUCCCGUAAAAAAGAACUGCGAGUCGAUCAUAUUGUCCGAACAAGAUGCCACCGAAUUUGCAGAAUUUGCAAUACAGGACUACAAUGAGAAACAUGGAAUAAAUUUGAAGCUCGAAAGGGCUCUGGAAUGCAAUAGUUUUGAAUGCACUGGUCUUUUAAUGGACUUCACUAAAAAGAAGACAACUUGGGUGCAUAUGAACUUAGUGGCAAGUGUGGGCCCCAAAGAAGAAUUACACGUUUUGUUUGCCGAGUUCUAUUUAUCGGAUGUUGCUGAUGACGAGUAUGUGCUUGCGACAUUGGCACCGGUGGAUGCUUCUGAGGAGUAUUGUGUCACUAAAAGAGAUGGGCUGUGGUGUCGUUUCUGCCCAGACGAGAUUCGUCAUCCAAUGAAAGGGCGUUUCUGUGUGCUGGAAGAAGACCGUGAAUUGUGCUUCGACUAACUGAAUGGUUGCUUGUCUUACUUUGUGUUAUGACUUAUCACAUGAUGAUUUUAUGGUGAGUGCUUCUGAUCAAAUGAACUCUGAAAUGAAAACUCUUUUUGCAAGUCAUUGGGCUCCAAAUUGUUCGUGCUAGUGUUGCCAUGGCUGCAAGAGAUGUGAUUGAUUAUUGUUUAGUGUUCAUAAUAUGGUAAAUUCUAUUUUUGUUCAUCAGGGGCUCCAAUGGCUCUUAUUGAGGCUUAAAUUUUUUUUUUCUUGUUUAGUUGUGUUUAAGAGGUAUAUACUAAUACCACAAAUCAUUAUUGUAUACUCAAGUGACAGAGUUGGUUAUUUUUAAUUAUAUGUUUUGUUUAUACAUAACUGGAGUACUCAUGAUUAUUUUGCAUAAUAUUCAUUGAUUUCUAUUUGCUAUUUUUUUUAAUAGUUGAUUUAAU